AUGGCCUACUAUGCCGCAACGGAGGCUGCCCAACCGGUUAAUGUUCCAUCGGCGUCUACUUUGCCAAGCGACUUUUCUGAAUUAGAAAUGCCAGAAUUAACGGCUGAGGGUUACACUGGUAGGUUUUUCCAUCGAUGUAGAAUAUUAGUGGGCGUAGAUUUUGCAGGCAGCCAAGUGCAUGUGACGGAAAAUGUGGGAAAAUCUUUUCUGUCCGAUUUACAAGAACUACGUCUGGAAACACGAAUGCCUCUCUCUAUGAUGAAGGCUUUAUUCGAUAUGCUGCGGCCCUACCACCCAGAAGUCCCGAAGGACCCGCGAACGCUCCUGAAGACUCCCAGAAUUUGUAACAACAAGGUCCUCAGCAACGGGAACUAUGUCCAUCUGGGCAAUGAGCGAGCUUUGCUGGAUGAGGUAAACCGUCAUCAAACGACUGAAAUUCCUGAAAUGCGCAUCAAAUUGCACAUUGAUGGGAUGAAGUCGUUUAAAGGAUCGGGUCGAUGCCUUUGGCCAAUACUAGCGCGAAUUAGUCACCCUGUUAUUGGUGAUCCCUUCGUCGUUGGUGUAUUUUCCGGCUUCGGCAAACCCGAACUAGUCGACGAGUUUCUUCAUGACUGUGUUUGCGAACUGAAAGGACUUCUUGAUGGUGGCCUGCGACUCCCAGGUACAGGGGAUAUUGUAAAAGUGGAGCUAGCCAAUAUAAUUUGCGAUGCCCCUGCCCGCUCCUACAUCCGCCAAGUCAAGGCGCAUAACGGAUACUAUGGAUGCGAUAGGUAGGUUUGUUCAUCUAGCUAACCUGAACAACUCUAGGUGCUGUCAUGUAGGAAUUCCCAUAGCUAUCCGGAUGACAUUUCCGCCAUAUAGUGGGCGUCCUCGAGACGAUAUGUCAUUUCGGUUGCGAAAGCAGGCCAUGCACCAUCGGGGCAUAUCACCAUUCGAGGAGUUACCCAUCGAUAUAGUUGCCUGCUUUCCCAUUGACUACAUGCACCUAGUAUGCCUGGGAGUAAUGCGUAAAUUGCUGCACAUGUGGCGCCUCGGGGUGAAGACAACUUCUCGGCUUUUCGCUUUGAGUCGUUUCUGCAAAACGUCCGCAGUUACAUUAAAGGACCGACGAACGUAGCCGCGCAGGUGUACAGGCGCAUUAGUGAAAGGCGCCUGCCUGAGUUGUCCACAGGUCCCAUGCUGUUGGACGACGAUGAGGGAGUGCCACGGUCUUUGCAGUUGCCCCGCAGCUCUAAGGCCAUAUUACACAACGGGUAUCUUUUGUCGACCCAAUCUCCUGACAAUGUGGUACUUGUCGGCGAUAGACCGUGCGUACUGACAUCUGUGUCGGCUACAGGCAUAGUUUACCGCCAGUUUGUUGAUUGCCAAGACUGCCUAGAUCCUCAUCCCCUUCCUCAAAUUUACUCAUUUUUAAGGCCUCCCUUUUGGACAGCAAACUUUUGAAUGCUUCUCUUGAUGACAUUAUUUGUAAAUACGUUGCGUUACACCUGGACGGUUGUUUUUACCUUAUUCCCAUGUUGCAUACUUUUUGAUUUUUGAUCCCCCACUUUUUCCGUUUUGCAUCUCAUAGACAUUUUUCGGUUUUACAUCUUGUGGACACUACUUAAAGAUGUAUGCGGUUGUUGAGUUUGUGAAUGAUAAAGCUGUGGCGGCCGUGCCGAAGUGCUGGUUCCACAGCGAAGACUGUGUGAUGUGGGUUAAGAACCACAAGCUACGUGACCGUCUACUUGUGAAUAACGAAAGGCCUACAGAAGGCACAAAGAUUUACCCGGUCCGUAUGCUGAAGAAUGACCUCUCACUCGACAGAGCGCUUCAGCUGGAAAAAAAGGCUGUAGACACUGACGAUCUUUCCCACUCAGAGCCUACCGAAUUAGGCCGAGGGAUGAGAAAAAAGUAAGUGUUUGCUUUUCAUUAAUUUAUCUUUGUAGGUUUGUCCGCCAGCUCACCUCAGACGACGACGAGGAUGAUGAUGAUGAUGAUGAAGAAAUAGCUGCGCAAAGACCGAGACAAGAUAAUCAAUUAACUGCCUGGCCCACGCCGCCACGCAUUCUCCAGUAA